AUGACCGAUUUUCUCUAUGUUAACAAUUUCUGGGGCGAAAAACACCAUGGACAUCACGUGAUGUACGAGAAUUUGCGACACGGCGAAGAGACGAUUGGAGAGGUGAUUCAAUUUUUGAAAGAACGGACUCAGUUCGAAGACGAUUUGCAGAAACAGCUCGCAAAAAAUGCGCACAAGAUUGGUUCUUUCAUUGCUCAUGGUUCUCCAUUCAUGCCUGGUUGGGCGCUAGCCAAAGGAACGAUCGAACUCCUAGCAGAGAUUCAUGCGGCUUUUUUGAAAAGUUUACAAGAAUUAUCCCGGGAACUCUCGCGAUAUCAAGACGAAUUUCAAAAGAGUCGCAAGAAAGCGAAAGAUCAAGACGUUAUCGAUACAGUGAAUCUUAUGCAAACGACAACCACUUGCUUGCAAAAGGCGAAGGAAACAUAUGUCUCGCGGUUCAACGAAUUGGAGAAACUUCGAAGGGACGCGUCGGCGAGUGCCAAAGAGAUCAAUAAGACUGAAUCAAAGCUACUGAAAGCGAAAGAAGAGUACCGUCAAUACGUCGAGAAAUACGAGCAAAUCCGAGUGCAAUACGAGAGGAAAAUGGAAAACGCUUGUGCGCUAUUUCAAGCGAUGGAUAUGGAUCACUAUUCGGCGUUGAGACAAUACUUAUUGACGUACUCGGUGCAACAACAGGACACGAUGAAUGCUGCGUUGCAGGUGUGUUCACAAUUUCGUGAGUCAAUUCAAGCCAUUGACGUUUCUUGUUUUAUCGAGAAUUUCAUCAAAAAAUCGGGCACCGGAAAAGAUCGACCACAACAAGUGACAUUCGAGGAUUUGGAUGGUUUACUGGUUUCCCAUUUGGGUGAUGACAGUGAGAGAUCAUUGGGAACAUCACAACCAUCAAGCUCAAAUAGCAGUCAGGUUGUCAAAUCCGAUCCCCCACCGCCGAUGCCACCGACUGCUCACGAUUUGUUGAUGCUUGAUGAAGUGCCCAUGAAUUGGAAUGAACAAGAGAACAAAAUCAACAAUCAACGCAAAGCAGCCCUUCCCCAACAAGCCCUUCCCCAACAAGCUCUCCCUCCUCUUACUUCACUCCGAUCCGAUUCUCCAUCUCGUUCCGAAGAAUCAAUGGAUAUCCCACCAAUUCCUCAAUCUUCCCAUCCACAAACACCGCCAUUCUCGACAAGUUUUGGCGGAACAGCUGGGAAGAAAUUGGCAAUGUGGUUGCCGAAGAGAAAAAAAACCACAAGUCAAAGCAGCAUCCCGGACACCGAGGAGACGGCGAAUUCGAUGGGAGGUUUUCUGAAAUUUCGAAAGGGAAGCAAGAAGAAACACUCGAAUAUCGAUUUCACCGGAGAAGUGCCGAGACCGGAGAAUGCCGACGACGCGUUAAGCACGGCGAGCAGUUGUCGGAGUGAGGAGAAAACGCUAAACGGCGGUGCGCCCAACUCGAAUCAUCUAAUCGUCGAUUCUGAUGGGUACACGAUUCGCCCAUCUGAACAACAAAAUGAUCGAACGAAAGAUCGACCACAAUGGAGUAGCUGUUCGUCCAGUGAUGAUGAGGAUCAAAACGAAAUGCAAAAGUCGAAAAUCCGAGCGUUGACGAUAAAGCCGGCCGAGUUGGGGUCAAGCCAGAGAAAUGCAUCUGUUGACGAGUUGAGAGAUGCCAUUGGAAGUAUCACGCUGGGCAGGAGUUCCACUUUUGAUAAAGAUCCGUGGAGCACCUCGAGUCACCGUACUCCAUUCUCGCAAUCACUCGGCGGCGGGAUGAAGCCGUUGAGAGCGGCGCACACCGGCGAUGAGCAUUUGAGGAAUAAGUUCAAUGAAGCAGAUUUUGCGCGAAGCAACGUGCCGCUCAGCUUCUCGGCGUCAAUGGGAGCGGCGCCGAUUCUCGGAAUGGCUCGUGCAAGGCCACGAAGUAACACCCCGACAACGGCUACGCUAAUGAAUAAAAGGGACUCAAUGGGUUCACAAGAUUGGGGUCUUCAUUUGAGUGCAGCUUCGAGCGAGCUCGCUCUCUCCUCAUCGCUCUCGAAUUCGACAAUCAAUUUGAUGCAGGCAAACAUCUCAGAGCAUCGUGUACCCGUUGCAAUGGCGAUGAAUGAGUAUUGUCACGCUUGGUACAAGGGAGCUGAUUUGACGAGUCGCGUGGUUCGAGUGUUCGGAACGGUGAUGAUCUCCUUUGCUUCAACGUCAAUCCCGACUCUCACCGAUCUCUCGAAUAACAUCAGUGCGCUCACUUUUCGACUCGUUUCUGCUGAAAGGAUUAAAGCUGUGCUGCCGAAUAAAGAGUUGCUGAUAUCCGCUGGACACGGAAACGACGAACAUCGAUAUUCCUUUGAUCGUCAAGCGCUCUCGAAAUGGCUCCGCGAGCAACAAGAUACCAAACCUGAGCUACCGUUUUACAAUGCUGAGGUACUUCGCUACGAGUUGAAAGAAAACGAAAAAAUCGAACCUCCAUUGCAUCUGGUUUCCUUUUGGAAGACUGAACCCGAGACAACUGAUAUUUUUAUUGAUUACAGAUUGAAUACCGAAUGCCCAGUAUCUGCUGCUUUGUUGAACGUGAGCUUUUCAACGAAAGUGAAUGGUGGAGUCGAGAAUGUGAUCACUGAUCCGUCGGCUGCUUGGCAAUCCGACUCAUCAACUCUUUGUUGGUCGUUAACCGAGCUUUCCCGGGAGGGACAAUUGAAUGGAUCGUUGAAAGCAAGGCUGAGAUUGAGUGAAGGAGUUGGACCGAGUGCCCCAUCACAUACACAUGUCAAUUUUCAGUGUUCCGAAGCGUCAUUAUCCGGUGCAAGUAUCCAAUUGGAUGUCUCGGAUACAUUCCAUCUUUCGAUGAUUCGCCGAAAACUCUUUGCCGGCAAAUAUUUCUGCGAACCAGAGAUAAGAAAG